UGUAUUAAACUGUAUAAAAGUACAUGUAAUACCAUACGAAGUGAGAGCAUGUCCAAUGAAAGCAGUGAAUAAGAUGGAAGAAAAAACGAAAGCAGAAUUGGUCACUGAUGUAGAAUCUACAAAUGGAGAAGAUGAAGAUCAAACAUUUAUUAUAAAAAGUGGCCCCAAAUCUCCUAUUAAAUCUCCCAAAAGUCCUACAAAAUCUGCUGCUGCCAAAAAGAAGGCCAAAUCUCUGUUAGGCUCAGCUAAAUCAAGUGGUCGUGUUGUACAUAGUGGUAGUAGAACUUUAUACACAGCUGGAAGACCACCAUGGUACAAUUCUCAGGGUCAAUUGAAAAAACCAUUUGUUAUAGGAAUAUCUGGAGGAAGUGCCUCAGGAAAGACAUCAGUAGCUAGAAAAAUUAUAGAAGCAUUAGAUGUACCAUGGGUUAGUCUUUUGAGUAUGGACUCAUUUUACAAGGUCCUGAACAAAGAACAACAUGAUAAAGCUGCCAGAAACGAAUAUAAUUUUGAUCACCCGGAUGCCUUUGAUUUUGAAUUACUUAUUGCCACACUUAGAAGAUUAAAAGAAGGAAAAAUAGUUGAAGUUCCUGUAUAUAAUUUUCAAACACACAGUAGAGAGCCCACUGAGAAAACCAUUUAUGGUGCCAAUGUGGUUAUUUUUGAAGGCAUUUUGACAUUUUAUAGUAAAGAUUUAUUACAGAUGAUGGAUAUGAAAAUAUUUGUUGACACAGAUUCCGAUGUUCGAUUAGCGAGAAGAUUAAUACGAGAUAUUACUGUCAGGGCACGAGAUCUUGAGGGUGUUCUUCAUCAGUAUAACAAAUUUGUUAAACCAGCUUUUGAACAUUAUAUAGAACCAACUAUGACAGUAGCUGAUAUUAUUGUACCUAGAGGAGGAGAAAAUGAUGUUGCCAUUAAUCUGAUAGUUUUGCAUGUUCACACCCAGUUACAAAAUAGAGGAUUUAAGCUUCGUUCUAAAUUAGCUAAUGCUGGUUGUAAUGGAGAACCAAUGCCUACUAGUUUAUACGUCUUACAACAAACCUCUCAGAUACUGGGUUUACACACGUUUAUAAGGAACAAAGAUACAGCCAGAGAUGAAUUUAUUUUUUAUUCUCAGAGAUUAAUGAGGUUAUUAUUUGAAUAUGCCAUGUCUAUGGUUCCUUUCAAGAGUGUGCGUGUUGAAACACCUCAGUUAAUUCCUUAUGAGGGAAAACGCCUCACAAACUUAAAAAUUUGUGGUGUGUCUAUAUUGCGAGCGGGAGAAACAAUGGAAUCAGCUUUGUGUGCUGUAUGUAAAAAUAUUAGAAUUGGUAAAAUACUUAUCCAGACCAAUUUUGAUACAGGAGAACCUGAGCUACAUUACCUUAGAUUGCCCAAAGAUAUAAAGGACCAGUAUGUUAUGUUGAUGGAUGCUACUGUUGCUACGGGUGCUGCAGCCAUGAUGGCCAUUAGAGUAUUGUUAGAUCAUGAUGUUAAAGAGGAAAAUAUUACCUUGUGUUCUCUUCUAAUGGCAGAAUCAGGUGUUUAUUCAGUUGCUUAUGCAUUCCCAAAAGUAAAAAUUCUCACGACUGCUGUGGAUAAAGAGGUCAAUGAUAAAUUCCAUAUAUUGCCGGGAAUAGGGAAUUUCGGUGAUCGUUUCUUCGGAACAGACUACUUUGAGCAAUAGGUCUGCCAUACGAAAUCUAUAUUUUUUAUCCAUAUCUGCUAUAAAAAUUACAAGGUGUCUUCUUAUCUAUUAGUGCUGCCAAUAUAUGAUUUAUAUAUGAAUGAAUUGUUUACAUUGAUAGAACAUUGAAAUAAUUCAAAUUGAACAGGGACCAUAUGGUGCAUUUUAUUUUCGCAUUAUCCUUUCAAAUCUCAUGGAAAUCAUCAUUUUAUUUUGCUCUUUUUAUAACCAUGUUACUUUUAUUUUGUUGUAGCAUACGAAUAUUUGUUAUCUUGAUAUAUAUAUUUUAAAUGUUUUUUGUAGAUUGAUUGGAAACUGUUGACUUUUAAAAUAGGUAACUAAUGACAUAAAACUGCCUCUGAUAAUUUUAUAUUGAUGGAUAUUAGUCAUCCUAAUCAUGUAAUUUACAAUGUAAUAUGAAAUACAUUUAUAAAUGGAUACGUAUGUGAAGAAACCUUGUUUUGGCUGACUAAAGUUUACUGAUAAGUUAGUUACCUGCAGAUGAAACAACCAGAAUUUAUUAGUAUACAUGUCCAUCACAUUGCAGCCCAAAAUAAAAUGAUAACAGGGUAACGAUAGGUUAAAAAAAAGUAUUGCCAAAGAAAUAAUUCAAUCAGUCUAUAAACCAACAGCGAAUGAGUUUUAAAAUAUUAUUUCAAAAUUUGUAUACUAAUAUAUAAUGCUAUAAAAAAAAGUCUGUAAUUUAACAGAAUGUCUGCAGGAGAUAAAAUCUCAUCUUUUUUUUGGUAAUUUAUAUUGAUCAUCAUCAUCAUCAUCAUCAUUAUCGUCAUCAUCAAUUUAAAAUUACAGGUCUCAAAUAUAUUUUGAAGUAAUUGAAUAAUGUGUAAUUAUAUUUAAAUAUAUCAUAUAUAUUAUAUGUGCAUAGUUUAUGCUGUGUUUUAUUAUUUCUAUUUUCUACAAGGCAUUUACUGGUUUUACAUAAUACUUGUAAUGUAUUAAAUUAUACAAGCAAUUCAGUAAUCUAACCUCAUGUCACUUGUCAUGUUCAAUACAAAUAAUGUUAUUAAAAGACUGAAGGUCAUUUUCUGUGCACUGUUUGUCAACUAUUGUUUAUAAACAAGCUGUCCAUGACAUAUAAAUAAAAUUAUAUAAGUGAUGAGAGCACUUUCAGUAAAUGGAAUUAUAUUUGUGAUAAGAACUCUUUGAGUAGGCCCCUAAUUGAAAUUACAUAGGGAACACUUGGUAGACAACUUACGUAAAUCUUAUAAUAAUAAUAUUAACAGUAUUCGAACCUAUAUUCUUAUGUAUGCUGUGUUUUUACCAAAUUGUACAGCAUUGUUUGUGAGGAUUUGACUUUUUUUUAUGUUGCUGUUAAUUUUACACCCUUGUAUAAUAAACCCAUUUAAUGAUGUAAAACUUACAGAAAAAAUUAAGGUGUGAACUAUUAAUUUUUUAAUAUCAAUCCAAGAUGUGCAUUGAUUAAAUCCACUAUCUUUUUCAUAGCCAAAGGUAAUAACGUGAAAUCUUUUUGUUAUUUUGAGUAAUAUUUGUCCAGAUUAAUAUAUAAGCUGUAAAAUCAUACAGCAGUAUUUUUUGUAAAUAUAAAAGGAAACAUGUAUUACGGUAUUGUAGUCAGUGUAUAAGUAGUAGUCUAUGAUUAUCUGUUGAAGUUACAGCCACCCAUCUAAUGUUGUAAAAAUAUUAUUGAAAUAAAUGUACAUUGUUAUGUUUUAUUGUGUAUCAAAUUGUCUAGUCUUCUGAAGAUUGUACAACUAAAAUUCAAAGAUUCGAGGAACAAACAUAUAAAAUAUUUGGUCAGUGUUAAAACUUUCUAAAAUUGAAAAUGUUAAAAAAAAAUUAUAUACUGGUACUUAUUUGCAUUUGCUGAUAUGAAAGAGUUGUGAAUUGUCCUCUUGUUAGCUACUUGGUGAUGGUUGUUUGUUUUUUUUAGAUCACAUGCACACAGACUAUUAUUCUAAAACCCACAGGGACAGAACAAAAUAGUGCUUGUCUUGUUAUAUUUUAGCAUUAAAGGUAAAGCUUUUGCUAUGGUUGCAAUUAAUCCCAUUAGAUAAAUUGAAUUUACUUUCGUAAACAGAUCCUUAACAUUUAAGAAAUAACAUUUCUCUCAUUGUUUGUAAAUAAUGUUUUGUGUAAAUCCCCAAGAAAUGUUCAAAACUUUUUUGCUGUAUAAGAUCAAAUAUCAGCACUUAUUUAUUAUAUUUUUCUCAUUAAGAUUUUCAAUUAUGUAUCUAUUAUAUUUUUACACAAAGUAUUGUGUCAUACAUAUACCUCAUCAACCAUACCAUAACUGAAACUGAAUGAAUGAAAAUUUUGAAGUCAUAUGUUUACAUCAAUUUGGAUGUUUAGAAUAGUAUUUAUUUAACCCAGUACAGUAGGGACUAAGGAAUUCAUUCACGAUUAAAGUGGGUAAAAUUCAGAAUCUCGGUACUUUUCCUUUAAAUUGCUGUAACCAACCUCUAAUGGUAAGCUAAGAAACACAAUAAUCAGAUAUGUAACAUGUGAUUACAUUUUAGGUGGUUUAAAAGGGGUAUUUCUGAGAUUUUUUAAUUCAAUCCUCUGUCGUGGGUGACCAAUGUUGAUUUUAUAACUAUAUUCUAUUACAAUGAAUUUAUACUGCCCUUAGCUGUUUGAUUUUUUGACCUUGUGAACUUGAUAGACCGAGUGAUUAUUUAGGUUAAUGUACAUGACUUCAAAAUAGUAUGAUAACUGAAUUAAAUGGUAAUAGUAUUAGUAUCACACCUCAUGCCAUAAUUAACUUGUAAACUGGUAAAAUUUUGUUGUAUAAAUGGGAUUAAUAAUAAAAAAAAUCAAAUGCUAA